ACAAUAAUCCGGAAAUUGAGUACGGGAGGCGGGAUCUCAACAUAGGAUAAGUGACCUAACUCCAGACACAAACUCUGCAAUGUACGUUGUUUUCAGUGGAGAAAUAUCAUCAAGCAGCGAACAAAAUCAGAUUUUGGACUUUGCUUUCUGCUUCUCAUGAAUACAAACAGACAAGAUUCAUAAUGAAUGCCAGACUUGAGCUCCAAAUAAUGGCUGGCAAACACGAAAAGAGACAGAAGGAGAGAAAAAGUUCCUAUGCUUUUUACUGCCCGUGUAUUCAAGACAGGACAAUGAGUCGUUCAAGCAGUUCAAUGAGUUCCGGUAGUAGAACGAAUAGAAGGACACUGGAAUUUGGAAGGACAUAUGUGGUGAAGCCAAAAGGUAGGCACCAGGCGACAAUAGUGUGGUUGCAUGGCCUUGGUGAUAAUGGCUCUAGCUGGUCCCAAGUCUUGGAAUCGCUUCCUCUUCCGAAUAUCAAAUGGAUAUGCCCAACUGCUCCUACUCGUCCAGUGGCUAUGCUUGGUGGAUUCCCUAGCACGGCAUGGUGUGACGUUGGAGAAAUUUCUGAAGAUAGUCCAGAUGAUUUUGAAGGUUUAGAUGCUUCGGCAGCACAUAUUGCAAACUUCUUGUCGACAGAGCCUGCUGCAAUAAAACUUGGUAUUGGGGGCUUCAGUAUGGGCGCUGCAACGGCCCUUUACUCUGCAACUUGUUUCGCCCAAGGAAAAUUUGGAAACGGAAUCCCUUACCCAGUUAACUUAAGGGCUAUUGUUGGUCUAAGUGGUUGGCUUCCAGGUUCAAGGACGUUGAGGAACAAGAUAGAAGGAUCACACGACGCUGCAAGGCGCGCUGCCACUUUGCCCAUUUUGAUCUGUCAUGGAAACAGUGAUGAUGUAGUUGAGUAUAACUAUGGAGAGAAGUCCGCAAGCAUCUUGAGUUCAGCAGGAUUCAGAUACCUCACAUUCAAAACCUACAACGGGCUUGGUCAUUACACAGUCCCUAAUGAAAUGGAUGAAGUCUGCAAUUGGCUACAUGUGAGGCUUGGGCUUGAUGGGUAGCGCUCUUAAUCACCGGAUGAGAUUUCAUUUUGUAAUUGCGGAUAGUAAGGGGUCAAGAAAGGGGAAAGAAAUAAGAGAAGUGAAAAGCACAUUAUUCGUUGAUUGGGUUGAGUGAGCACGGUAUAUGGUAUAGGUAGAUUGAAAGUUUGAAACCUUUGUAAUAUUGUAAUUGGUAUAUGGUACGGUAUGGUUUUGUGUUCUCACCUGUCCUAUAAUAAGUAAUUGGUAGAAUAUGGUAUGGUAUGGUUUUGAAAUUCUACUACUAUUUGUAAGCACUUUGUGUUGGUUUUCCAGAAUGACUAAUCAAUUUAUAGGUUAUGGCCUCUCUCUCUCUC